CCCAUCAGCCUCUCACUUUCUUGUUGAAAGUGACAUGUUUUUAGUGGCUGGCAGAAUGAUAGGCCACUCUUUCCUUCAUGGAGGACCACGCCUGUCAGGACUUAGUCCUGCUGUUAUUCAUGUUUUACUUGGCGGCAGUCCAGAAACAGCAACUGUCACCCUGGAGGACUGCCCAGACCUAGACAUCAGGGAAACCAUCAGUACUCUCGAGGGAGAAUCCAGGCUCUCUGAUACUCAAAUGGAAAGAGUACAGAGCUUGGCAUAUUCAUGGGACCUUCCUUGCCCAUCAGAGAACAAUAGGAAGUGGCUUUUUGAGAAGCUGUUACUCCAUGCAGUUCUUGGACGCGUUGCAAGACAAAUAAAGCAACUUAGACGAGGUUUGAAAGAAACCCCAAUAUGGUCCCUGGUAACUCGGCGACCUGAUGCUGUACCCCUGCUUUUUCCAAGGGAGGAAGCGUCCCUGUGUCCAGAGGUGGUACUUCAGCAUAUCACUUGGCCAGAAAUGGAUGAUGAAAGUGAUGAAGAUGAUGACUGCUCAAAGGAAACCAGAUGCCGCAUUUCAGGAUAUCUGAAACAGUUCAUUGCAAAUGCCACACCACCUGAACUGAAAGAGUUGAUGAAAUUCUGGACCGGUUGGGAAAAUCUGCCAUCAAGUCUGUCGGUGGAGAUUGUUCAUGGGACCUACCCAACAGCUGCCACAUGCUAUGAAACACUAAGACUUCCCUGUCAUUACAAGAAUUACAAGUCAUUCAGUGAGGACUUCUUAGCAUGCAUUUCCUCUACACAAUCUGGAUUUGGCUUGCUCUGAGUGACCGACUUGUUAAAAAAAAAAAAUCUACACUUAAGCUGUUGUAGUUCUUUGUGAAGCAGCUUUAUUUAAACAGAACAGUUCUGUUGAAAUAUUGAAUCAAUUCAGUUUUCUGAUUUUUGUUAGAUCACAAGUUCAAUACAUACAGUACAGACCAAAAGUUUGGACGCACCUUCAGAAGGUGCGUCCAAACUUUUGGUCUGUACUGUAUGUUUAAAUGUAAUCAUUUGUAUUACUCAGUGACAUUGUUGUUACUCCACUUCCUGUAGUUAUGUCAAAUUCAAGUUCAAAUUCAAAUGUUCAGAGUAGAUAUUUCAUUUAAGUCUAAGUCAGUACUGUUUGUACAGGCAGUUUUAAAUAUUAAAGUGAAAUAGUUUUUUAUGCAAAAUUGAAUGUCAUUUAUUGAAUGUACUUAGUACUUGAAUGCACUUGAAUGUUCAUAUAUGCUUCAAGUAUGAGAAAAUAAAUUAUAUAAGACAAA